AUGGCGACGGCAAGCAAGGCCAACGACGACAGGCAGAUGGAGCUUGCAGAAGCAGCGUACCAUGCAGCAGAGGACAACAAUCACUCACGACGGGCAGAGACGGCCAAGGCUGCAUACAAGGCCCACCGUGAGGCUCAGGACCUCUGUGCAGCCGACAAGUGGCUCUGUCGGGCGCUCUCGGCCAUGGAAUUUGCCGACGGCGUGGAGAGCGAUGCCGAGUACGAGCAACUGCUCCGCGAGGCAUGCGAGAUCAAGUGCCAGCUGCAGCAGCCCAACAUGGCCCGCAUCCUUCUAGAGCAACUGCUGCGAGUCGAGGACAUCCGCGGCUCGUGCCCGCAUGCCUCGUACCUUCCGCUCGCUCGCAUUCGCGCAAACAUCGGCCGCCACGCUGACGCCGUCGACCUGCUCGACCGCGCUCUGGCAGAGCUCGAGCCGCUCGUUGCCGCAGGCUCGUCCCCGCCGCAGGCUCUAGUGGAGCUCCUCUGCACCCGCGCCGUUGUCAACGGCAAACUCGGCGAUGUUGAUGCCGGCCUCGCCGACAUCUCCCGUGCCAAAGCCCUUGUCCCGUCCGGGCCGCCCAUGUUUAACGUCCUUGACGCCGCUGGGCGCAUGUACGCCGCCGCCGGGCUCAUAGACGAAGCGGUCGCCCAGAUGGAUGUUCUUAUUGCUGGUCUCAACCAGGCUCGCUCUAUGGGCGUCCUAGCCGCUCUCGCUACAUCGGCCAGCUUCCUCGCCGAGGUCGGCCGCGCCUCGGCCCUCAUCCUUCGCCAGCUCGUGUAUAUGGAGCAUAUGGAGCAACUGCUCGGCCCAACACAUCCGGUCCUCGAAGAUCUGCGCAGCAUGGAGCGGCCCGACGCCUCGGACGCCUCGGACGCCUCGGACACCUCGGACGUCUCGGACGCCUCGGACACCUCGUGCACCUCGUCCGGCACGGGCUCCGGCUCAGACUCGGACGAUGCCCAUGGCAACAGCAGCAGUAGUAGAUGUGCCCCGUCGACCCUGCCGCCCGGCGAUGACGCUUCGCUCGAGCCGUCCGCCGAUCACGCCAACAUCCUGGCCCGCAUCCACGCCGCCGCCGCCGCCGCCGACGCGCUCGUCCGCGCUGCAGAGGCUACAUCGCCUGGCUCGCCCAGUUCGCCGCGUGCCGACCAACUCGGCACCCGCAUCUACGGCCGUCCGAUGCAAUUUAAGCCCAGCGUCACGAGCCCGUGA